AUGGUCCUUUACAGAUUUGGCCGUCGUCAGAUCAGAGCAGAGUCUGCCGUGUUGAGGGCCUACAACAGUUGCACCCGGACAGUCCCCUAUGAGUCUCUGAUGGUGACUGAUAUCGGGGAUGUCAACGUGUAUGACCUAAAGGACGAAAGCAGGAAGCCUACCGUACAAUCCUGGUUACGGGCUUUAUCUACCUUAACAUGGAUGAAGAGGAGCACCACUUUCUGCGCUAUGCGAUCUGAGAUGUGA